ACAGAUAAAUUGUGCAGCAAACGACCGCAAUGGCAAAUUGUGCCACCAGAAUCAUGUGUUUUUUCUUCCUCUUCUUGGGCUUUGUCGUCCUUAGUUCUGCCGAUAAUUGCUUCAUUGAUUGGAGCUCUGAAAAUCCCGGCGACUGGAGAACCAGGGCUCUCUGUUAUCCCCCCCAAGACCUGGUUAUCAAGUGUGGAACGACCAUUUCUUCGGUUUCGAAAGUUGACUUGAGUGACUACAGCGAUUGUCCAGUAAACCCUAAUCCACAGACUACAACAACGAAACCGGUAGAAGACAGCCAGGUCGUCUUCAGUGAUCUUCCAGUGGGUGCACCUUCGUAUUUCAUUCCUGCAGGUAUCGACCAAUAUUGGUGUUCACAGGGGAUGAAGGCCCGGGUCGACGUCCUUAGCCCCGAUACUGCACUUUGAAAACCUAGUUUUUCUGCUAUAUGUACAAUAAAAAAAAAAAGUUCCGUCAUCAAGUUUGGAGGUUUAAUUUA